ACGAAGAAGGUUUAAUUUUGGUUACAUAAAAACCAUAUUCUAUUAGGAACUAACAUUCAAUUCACUAUUAACCCCCUACGCACCCUAUAUAUAUUAUUUCUCCCUUUCUCUUCAACAAACUUUAGAUCAACAAAGAGAAAACCAAAAAAAAAAAAAAAAGCCUUUGAUUUUUUUUAAUUUUUUUUUUGUGGUUAAAAACAAAUCUUGAUACUACUACAACAAGAAGAAAAAGAAAAUAUGUGUUGUUGUGGAGAUGAUUGUCAAUGUAGACCUUUAGGUUUUCUAUUAGGUCUUCCCUUUGCUCUUGUUGCUCUUCUUCUAUCCAUUGUUGGUGUUAUCAUAUGGAUUGUUGGAAUUACAUUGAGUUGUUUAUGUCCAUGUUGUAUUUGCGUAACAGUAUUGGUAGAGAUGGCUUUGGCAUUAAUCAAAGCACCAUUUUCAGUUAUGAAAUGGUUCACUGAACAAAUUCCAUGUUAGAAAAUAAAAAAAUCAUGUAUAAAAAUUUAAUUUAUUUAUUUAUCUGUGUUUUUUUCUUUGUUGUGAGAAAAUAAAUUAGGUUUAUUUUAAUAUUGUUAAACUUGUUAUCUUCCCCCCCCCCCCCUACUAUAUUGAUUCUUGAAAUUGAUUACUAGUAUUUGUUUUUGAUAUCAUUACAUAAUGUAUAUAUUUGUUGUUGCUGCGGUU